AUGGCGCAGGAAUACAAGCUCAAGGGUCUCUCAUCCCUGGCAGAGGUCUCUUCCUCGGACAAGAUUGAAUGUGAAGUCGAAGGCAUCGAAGAGGGCAAGGUCUUGGUCGUCAAGCACGCGGGCCAGGCUCAUGCAAUGAGCCCGCGCUGUACUCACUACGGAGCCCCACUGAAGAACGGCGUGGUGGCACCAGAUGGCCGAAUUACGUGUCCAUGGCAUGGUGCUUGCUUCAACAUUAGCACUGGCGAUGUUGAAGACGCCCCCGCGCUGGAUGCCUUGAAGAAAUUUGAGAUCUUUGAGCGGGAUGGUGCCGUCUAUGUCCGCGGUACCGAGGCAGAUAUCAAAGGUGGAAAGCGAAGCCCCGUGGGUAAAUGCUCAGUAUCGAAUGCGGAAGACAAGGUGGUGGUAGUUGGCGGUGGAAGCGGUACCAUUGGACUUGUGCAGUCCCUGCGUGAACUCAAGUAUCCCGGCAGUAUCACCAUCAUCUCCAAGGAGCCCGAAAUCGUCAUUGAUCGCACCAAGCUCUCCAAGGCUCUCAUUGCCGACCCCGAGAAGAUCAUGUGGCGUCCUCGUGAAUGGUUCAAAGACGCCGGUAUCGAGAUCGUCAACGACGAGGUCACCUCGGUCGACUUUGCAGGCAAGUCUGUCAAGACCGCCUCGGGCUCCACGGUCUCGUACACCAACCUGGUCCUCGCCACAGGUGGCCAGCCUCGCUCUCUGCCUCUACCUGGCUUCCGCGAUAAUGAGCUGUCCAACGUCUUCACUCUGCGCUAUGUCUCUGAUGUUCAGGCGAUCCUGGCCGCCGCCGAGGGUUCCAAGAAGAACAUUGUCGUCAUUGGCUCCUCCUUCAUCGGCAUGGAAGUCGGCAAUGCCCUGAGCAAGGACCACAACGUCACCAUCGUCGGGAUGGAGUCCGCCCCCAUGGAGCGUGUGCUCGGCCCCAAGAUCGGUUCUGCCCUUCAGAAGAACAUCGAAAAGAGCGGCGUAGCCUUCAAACUAUCCGCGGGCGUUGAGAAGGCCACUCCCUCCGAGUCCAACAAGUCCGCCGUGGGCGCCGUUCACCUCAAGGACGGCACCGUCCUCCCCGCCGACCUCGUCGUCCUGGGUGUCGGUGUGCGACCUGCAACCGAUUACUUGCAAAACAACUCUGCCGUGACCCUGCAAAAGGACGGUUCUCUCGAAACUGACAACCACUUUGCCGUCCCGGGUCUUGAAAAAGUCUUCGCCAUCGGCGACAUUGCAACAUACCCGUACCACGGACCCGGAGGCGAAGGCACCCCCGUCCGCAUCGAGCACUGGAACGUUGCUCAGAACAUGGGCCGUGGCGUCGCCCGUGCCAUCGUGCACUCUCGUCGCGCCCCGCUCUCAUCCCUGCCUCCCAAGCCCUUCAUCCCUAUCUUCUGGUCCGCGCUGGGCGCUCAGCUGCGCUACUGCGGAAACACAGUAAACGGGUAUGAUGACGUCGUCAUCAAGGGCCAGCCCGAGGAGGCCAAGUUCGCGGCUUACUACACCAAGGGAGAUACUGUGGUUGCGGUUGCGACCAUGGGCAUGGAUCCCGUCAUGGUCAAGGCGGCGGAGUUGAUGCGUCGGGGUCAUAUGCCUGGGAAGAAGGCGAUUGCGGAUGAUGUGGAUCUUUUGAGUGUGGAUAUAUAG